AUGCGAUUCUUCACCACAUCCGCACUUGCGCUCGCACUCGCACUCGCGUCGCCAUCAUCUGUCACAGCCUUUGCAAUUGCAGCCACACCAUCAUACGGCAACUCAUCAACCCCCGCAACAACAACAACAACAGCAACGCAGGACGACGCAGCAUACACCAACGACACCGUCGACGUCAACAAGUCCAACUGGUACGCAAGCUACUCCACCAUCAUAACCUCGCUUCAGCCAAUCGAAGCAUACACCACGUACGUCCCCGAAAGCUCCAUCAUCACCAUAACGACAUGCAACGAAUCGCAAUGUCGUGCUACGGGCGUCACGGUGAGUGAGGCGGGCACUGUAAGUUUGGAAGGCUCGUUCUUGGCUGCCACAACGUACACUACGCGCGCGGUUAUCGCGUCGCGGAAAAUCGAGACUCCGCCGCCUCAUACGCCGACUCUCGUUGCAAGAGAAGGAGAUGAUUUCAAGAGUUUGACGUUGAAGACUGUGUUUGUUUCGUCGUGA